AAGAUAAAAAUAACGAAAGAAUUUCAAUAAACCUACCUGAUGAAGUUACGGAUAACGAUAGUAAUAUUGAUUUGUACCGUGGCAACAUGGAUGAUGAGGCCUUGACUGAAGACGAUGAAGCGUCAUUUGAAAACGAUGGAUUCAUCACACUAAAAAAAGGCCAAAGGUUUGAUGAUUUUGAUCAUGCAGAGAAGCACAUACGAAACUAUACAGAAUAUAUGGGUUUCAAGAUAGUAAUGAGGCGAAGUACGGUAGUUCAAACUAAUGAAGAUGAGAAAAACCAUUUGUAUAAUAGACGUAAAUCGUGGGCCCGUGGAUUUACAACUACAUUGUUUACACUUGGUAUCGAAUCUACAUCAUUUGUAGAAAGUCAAAAUGCAUGCCUUAAACACAUUAUUGAAAGUAGCAACACAUCUCUUUAUGAACUUGGAAAAGUUCUAAUAGACAGUGUUGAAGACAAUAUAAGACAGAAGCACUAUGAAGAAAUAACUAGAGGUGUCCCUUUUACGGUUAAUACCAUAACAAUUUUUACAAAAAUUGAAUCACUUAUCAGUCGUUACUUGCAUCCAAAUGUAGUACAAUUUUUGGUUGGUCAAAUGAAGGAGAGUGUAUUUUACAUUUCAUUCCGUUCUAAUAUUGAAGAAAUUCAAAACAUGACCAUGAAUAAGCCAUCUGAGAGUGAUAAUUUUAAAAACGAACCAGAUUGUGUGUUUUUAUGUGCUCAAUUUCUUCUUCAGCAAUUGGAUUGUUCUAAUAUUAAAGAGGUGUGGAAAGUUUCUAGAGUUACAAGGCAAAAUAUCAAUCAUGUGGUUUUUUGUCUUACAGACGGAUCAUAUAGUUGUACUUGUUUGUUACAACAGAAGCAGGGACUG